AUGCUCUUCAGUUCUGUGCUCCGCCAACCCCAGCUUGGUGCCCCGAGAAAUGGGUGGUCUUCACAGUACCCUUUACAGUCCCUUCUAACUGGUUACCAAUGCAGCUAUAAUGAUGAGCGCAUUUCUUAUGGAGAAACAGGAGUCCCAGCCCCUCCUUUUGGGUGCACCUUCUCUUCUGCUCCGAAUAUGGAGCAUAUACUAGCAGUUGCCAAUGAAGAAGGCUUUGUUAGAUUAUAUGACACAGGGUCACAAACUUGCAAAAAGAAGUGCUUCAAAGAAUAGAUGGCUCACUGGAAUGCUGUCUUUGACCUGGCCUGGGUCCCUAGAGAAUUUAAACUUGUUACAGCAGCAGGUGAUCAAACAGCCAAAUUUUGGGACAUAAAAGCUGGUGAGCUGAUGGGAACAUGCAAAGGUCAUCAAUGCAGCCUCAAGUCAGUUGCCUUUUCUAAAUUUGAGAAAGCUGUCUUUUGCACAGGUGGAAGAGAUGGCAACAUUAUGGUCUGGGACACUAGGUGCAACAAAAAAGAUGGGUUUUAUAGGCAAGUUAAUCAAAUCAGUGAUGCUCACAAUGCCUUGGACAAGCAAACCCCUUCAAAACCCAAGAAGAAACAGAAUUCAAAAGGACUUGCUCCUUCUGUGGAUUUUCAGCAGAGUGUUACUGUGGUCCUCUUUCAGGAUGAGAAUAUAUUAGUCUCAGCAGGAGCUGUGGAUGGGAUAAUCAAAGUAUGGGAUUUGCGCAAUACUGCUUAUCGACAAGAACUCAUAGCAUCCAAGUCUUUCUUGUACCCAGGUAGCAGCACUAGAAAACUAGGAUACUCAAAUCUGAUUUUGGAUUCCACUGGCUCUACUUUAUUUGCUAACUGCACAAAUGAUAACAUCUAUAUGUUCAAUAUGACUGGAUUGAAGACUUCUCCAGUGGCUACCUUCAAUGGACACCAGAACUCUACUUUUUAUGUUAAAUCCAGUCUUAGUCCAGAUGACCAGUUUUUAAUCAGUGGUUCAAGUGAUGAAGCCGCCUAUAUCUGGAAGGUCUCCACACCCUGGCAUCCUCCUACUGUGCUCCUGGGUCAUUCUCAAGAGGUCACAUCUGUAUGCUGGUGUCCGUCAGACUUCACAAAGAUUGCUACCUGCUCUGAUGACAAUACACUGAAAAUCUGGUGCUUGAAUAGAGGUCUAGAAGAGAAACCAGGAGGGGAUAAGUUCUCCAUGGUGGGCUGGGCCUCACAAAAGAAAAAAGAAGAGAGAGCUGGCCUAGUAACGGUAACGAGUGGUCAGAAUACUCCUGCCAAAGCUCCCAGGGUAAAGAGCAGUCCAUCCAUUUCCUCCCCAUCAUCAGCAGCUUGUGCUCCAAGCUGUGCUGGAGACCUCCCUCUUCCUUCUAAUACUCCCACAUUCUCUGUUAAAACCCCUCCUGCCAAUACGAGGUCUCCCAUCAAUAGAAGAGGCUCUGUCUCCUCUGUCUCUCCCAAGCUUAGAAACUGCAUGACCCAAACACCUUCCUCAUCUCCUCCUGCUUCUGAGAACAAGAUGACAUCUCCAAGAAAAGCCCUUAUUCCUAUGAGCCAGAAGUCAUCUCAAGGAGCUGCUUGCUCUGAGACUAGAAGCAGAGUUAAGAGGAGGCUAGACUCAAGUUGCCUGGAGACUGUGAAACAAAAGUGUGUGAAAAGUUGCAACUGUGUAACUGAACUUGAUGGCAGAGUUGAAAAGCUUCAUUUGGAUUUGUGCUGCCUUGCUGGUAACCAAGAAGACCUUGAUAAGGACUCUCUAGGUCUUAGCAAAUCAAGCAGGUUUGAAGGAGCUACUGUGAGUAUCACAGAAACUCCUUCUCCUGCCAGUCCUUAUACUUCAGAAGGCUGUGAAACACUGCCUCUUCCAUUGAGAUCUUGUGGAGGAAAGUCUGAAGUGGUAGGCAAAGACACUAGCUCCCCAGAGAAUAAAAACUGGUUAUUGGCCAUGGCAGCCAAAAGAAAGGCUGAGAGUCCAUCUCCACAAAGUCCAUCAUCCCAAACCCCCAAUUCCAGAAGACAAAGUGGAAAGACAUCACCAGAUCCGGUUGUCAUUACUCCCAUUUCCAUGAGGAAGAUCUGUAUGUACUUCCAUAGAAAGUCCCAAGAUGACUACUGGAGUCCUGAACAGUCAACAGAAUUAUAG